AUGAUGCAAUGGCAAGUCAACAGGCAGUUCAGGAAGGACCGUGAGGCUGCUAUUGCCAGAAUUUCAAACCCAUAUGUUGUGAUAGCUGGAGUACCAGGACAAGGAGAAAUCCAUGCUAGACAAAGAGAAGGAGCCUUCCCCGAUCAAGAACACGAAGCCUCAGUUCCUCUAGAGGGCCUUGCACCAAUUCAGGUACCCUAUAACUCGCUAGAACUUCCACCUAUUCCAAGACCUGUGGUCCCACGAGAUCAGCUAGUAGCACUUCUGCUUGAGCAACCAACUGUGUUGCCCUAG